CUCCAUUCAAGCUGUGAGAAGCUCAAGACUCGGAACUCGGAGCUUUGGACGAGUAUCGUGACAGCCGUGGAAAUGUCUGCAAGUUUAAGGUUUUAAUCAUGCUGAGGAAAACAAACCCCAAGAUCACAAUUAUCCGGCUGGCGGCCGAGGCGCUGGGGUUGAUGUUAUAGACGACAGAGCAGAGACACAGAGCCCAGAGGACGCCAGGCCAGCGCUACUCCACCGUCCCUCCCUUCCUUUAGCCUGGUGUAGGACAGCCACAGCUUCAGUAGAGGAAAAGGAACGCAGACACACACCCAGAAACCUCUCCUCACCUAGCAGAGCCCAACAUGACCUCCCACCCCACCCCACCCCUGGGAGGCCCUCUUCUUCCCUUCCUCCUCCUGCUGUCGGGGGUGUUCGCCACCACCCCCAGCGACCUCAGGUCCUUCUCCCCUCCAGAGGGGGGGCUCACACACCUGGUGGUCCACAACAAGACAGGUGAGGUGUAUCUGGGAGCCGUCAACUGGAUCUUCAAGCUGUCCAGCAACCUGACCAAGCUGCGCAGCCACGUUACAGGCCCUGUGGUGGACAACGAGAAGUGUUAUCCCCCUCCUGGGGUCCAGUCCUGCCCCCACGAGCUGACCCAGAUCAGCAACGUCAACAAGCUACUGCUGCUGGACUACGGUCAGAACCGCCUGAUCGCCUGCGGCAGCACCUCCCAGGGAAUCUGCCAGUUCCUCAGGCUGGAUGAUCUGUUCAAGCUGGGCGAGCCCCACCACCGUAAGGAGCACUACCUGUCCAGCGUGGCCGAGGCUGGCACCAUGUCUGGGGUGGUCAUCGGUGGAGACGCGGCCGGGGGCGGGGGAGAGGCCGGCAAGCUGUUUGUGGGCACGCCCAUCGACGGCAAGUCAGAGUACUUCCCCACGCUCUCCAGCCGCAAGCUGAUGGCCAACGAGGAGAACGCCGACAUGUUCAGCUUCGUCUACCAGGAUGAGUUUGUCUCCUCGCAGCUCAAGAUCCCCUCGGACACGCUCUCCAAGUUCCCCGCCUUCGACAUCUACUACAUCUACGGCUUCAGCAGCGAGCAGUUUGUCUACUAUCUGACCCUGCAGCUGGAUACCCAGCUCACCUCGCCCGACGCCAGCGGGGAGCAGUUCUUCACCUCUAAGAUCGUCCGUCUCUGCGUGGACGACCCCAAGUUCUACUCUUACGUGGAGUUCCCCAUCGGCUGCACCAAGGACGGGGUGGAGUAUCGUCUGGUGCAGGACGCCUUCCUCAGCCGACCCGGGACCAAGCUGGCGCGCUCACUGGGCAUCUCAGAGCAGGAGGAGGUGCUGUUCACGGUGUUUGCCCAGGGCCAGAAGAACCGGGCCAAGCCUCCCAAGGAGUCAGCCCUGUGCCUGUUCACCCUGCGCCGCAUCAAGGAGAAGAUCAAGGAGCGCAUCCAGUCCUGCUAUAGAGGAGAGGGGAAACUGUCACUGCCCUGGCUGCUCAACAAGGAACUAGCCUGCAUCAACUCACCACUCCAAAUAGACGAUAACUUCUGUGGGCAGGACUUCAACCAGCCCCUGGGGGGGACCAGUACCAUCGAGGGUAUGCCUCUGUUCGUGGACAAGGACGAUGGUAUGACGUCGGUGGCAGCCUAUGAAUACCGCGGCCACACUGUGGCCUUCGCCGGCACACGCAGCGGACGUAUUAAGAAGAUCCUGGUGAACUCUGUCAACCAACCUGCCAUGCUGUAUGAGAACGUGACGGUGAGCGAGGGGAGUCCCAUCCACAGAGACCUGCUCUUCAGCCCAGACCACCAGCACAUCUAUGCCCUCACAGACAAACAGGUGAGCCGUGUUCCAGUGGAGAGCUGUGAGCAGUACUCCUCCUGCAGCGGCUGCCUGGGGUCAGGAGAUCCCCACUGUGGCUGGUGUGUCCUCCACAAUGUGUGUUCCAGGAAGGAUCGUUGUGAGAGGGCUGACGAGCCUCAGCGUUUUGCCUCCCGAGUGGAGCAGUGCGUCAAACUCAGUGUCCAGCCUGGAAACAUCUCUGUCACCAUGUCCGAAGUGCAGCUGGUGCUGCAGGCACAGAAUGUGCCUAACCUUUCGGCAGGGGUCAACUGCUCCUUUGAGGACUACACUGAGACAGAGGGACGCAUCUUUGGGGGACGCAUUUACUGCAUGUCCCCUUCCACACGAGAGGUCGCCCCCAUCACACGCAACCAGGGGGACAAGCGCACUGUGAAGCUGUAUCUGAAGUCUAAGGAGACAGGGAAGAAGUUUGCCAGUGUAGACUUUGUCUUCUACAACUGCAGUGUGCACCAAUCGUGUCUGUCAUGUGUCAAUGGCUCGUUCCCCUGCCACUGGUGUAAAUACCGCCACAUGUGCACUCAGAACGCCAACGACUGCUCCUUCCAGGAGGGCCGGGUGAACGUGUCAGAGGAGUGUCCCCAGAUCCUGCCAUCCGCCCAGAUCUACAUCCCAGUGGGGGUGAUGAAGCCCAUCACCCUGCUGGCUAAGAACCUGCCUCAGCCCCAGUCUGGACAGAGGAACUACGAGUGUAUCUUCCACAUCCAGGGAGCCACCUACAGUGUCACCGCCCUGCGCUUCAACAGCACCAGCAUCCAGUGUCAGAGGACCUCGUACGACUAUGAGGGUAAUGAAAUCAGUGACCUGCCUGUGGAUCUCUCUGUGGUGUGGAAUGGCAACCAAGUCAUCGACAACCCCUUCAACAUACAAGCCCACCUGUAUAAGUGUUAUGCGCUGCGGGACAGCUGUGGGAUGUGUCUGAAGGCUGACCCCAGGUUCGAGUGUGGCUGGUGUGUUCAGGAGAAGAAGUGUUCUCUGAGACAGGAGUGUGCCCCACUGGACAGCAGCUGGAUGCACGCCACUGCCGGCAACAGCCGCUGUACACACCCAAAGAUCACCAAGCUGUUUCCGGAGACAGGGCCGAGACAGGGGGGCACCAGACUGACCAUCACGGGGGAGAACCUGGGCCUACAGUUCAGGGACAUCCAGACAGGAGUGCGUCUGGGCAAGGUGCCAUGUAUCCCCAUCGAAGAGGAGUACAUCAGCUCGGAGAGAAUUGUGUGUUUGCUGAACGACGCCACAGGCUACCGGGUGCAGGAGGCUAACGUGGAGGUGUGUGUGAGGGACUGCCUGGCAGACUACAGGGCCCUCUCACCCCGAGCAUUCACCUUCGUGACUCCCUUCUUCACGCGGGUGCUGCCUGCCCAGGGCCCUCUCUCAGGGGGCACUAGAAUCACCAUCGAGGGCAACCACCUCAAUGCCGGCAGCUCUGUGUCUGUCAACAUCGGACGCCACCUCUGCCACUUCAAAAAGAGGAAUUCCCGGGAGAUAGUGUGUGUUACCCCAGCAGGGUUGACCCCAGGCAGCACACCAGUCAUGGUGGACAUCGAUUCUGCAGAGCUGAGGAACCCAGAGGUCAAAUACAACUACACUGACGACCCCACCGUCCUGAGGAUCGAACCCGACUGGAGUAUCGCUAGUGGUGGAACCCUGUUGACCAUCAGCGGUACUAACCUAGCCACCAUCAGAGAGCCCAAGAUCAGAGCUAAGUAUGGCUCUGCCGAGUCUUUCCAUAACUGCACAGUGUUUAAUAACUCUGUGAUGGUGUGCCUGGCCCCGUCCGUUUCCGACUCCGAGAGGGGCUUCUCAGACACGGGCAGUGGGCCGGAUGAGAUCGGCUUCUACAUGGACAACGUCCACGCUCUGAUGGUGGUCAACGAGACGUUCAGCUACUACCCCGACCCCGUGUUCGAACUCCUCAGCCCCACCGGGGUCCUGGAGCUAAAACCCACCUCACCUCUAAUCCUCAAGGGUCGUAACCUUAUCCCUGCGGCCCCUGGUAACUCCAGGUUGAACUACACCGUGUUCAUCGGGGAGACCCCCUGUGUGCUAACCCUCUCUGAAACCCAGCUGCUGUGUGAAUGGCCCAACCUCACCGGACAGCACAAAGUCACGGUCCGGGUGGGUGGGUUCGAGUACUCCCCUGGUACUCUCCAGAUCUACUCAGAUAGCCUGCUGACCCUGCCCGCCAUCAUCGGCAUCGGGGGAGGCGGCGGUCUGUUGCUAUUGGUCAUCAUCGCUGUGCUCAUCGCCUACAAGAGGAAGUCUCGCGAUGCUGACCGCACCCUGAAACGCCUGCAGCUGCAGAUGGACAACCUGGAGUCCAGAGUGGCCCUUGAAUGUAAAGAAGCCUUUGCAGAGCUGCAGACAGACAUCCAUGAGCUGACCCAGGAGCUGGACGGAGCUGGCAUCCCCUUCCUGGAGUACAGGACCUACGCCAUGCGGGUCCUGUUCCCUGGCAUCGAGGACCACCCCGUGCUCAAGGAGAUGGAGGUACGGGUCAAGGAGGUCCAGGCCAACCAGGAGAAGGCCCUGACUCUGUUUGGCCAGCUCCUCACCAAGAAGCACUUCCUGUUGACGUUCAUCCGCACCCUGGAGGCGCAGCGCUCCUUCUCCAUGCGUGACCGUGGCAACGUGGCGUCGCUCAUCAUGACUGCGCUGCAGGGGGAGAUGGAGUACGCCACGGGGGUCCUUAAACAGCUGCUCUCUGACCUCAUCGACAAGAACCUGGAGAGCAAGAACCACCCCAAGCUGCUGCUGCGCCGAACGGAAUCUGUCGCUGAGAAGAUGUUGACCAACUGGUUCACAUUCCUCUUGUACAAGUUCCUAAAGGAGUGUGCGGGCGAACCUCUGUUCAUGCUGUACUGUGCCAUGAAGCAGCAGAUGGAGAAGGGGCCUAUAGACUCCAUCACAGGAGAGGCACGCUACUCCCUCAGUGAAGACAAGCUCAUCAGACAGCAGAUUGACUACAAGACCCUGACACUUCACUGUGUGAACCCGGAGAACGAGAACGCCCCCGAGGUGACGGUGAAGGGGCUGAACUGUGACACCAUCACCCAGGUGAAGGAGAAGCUGCUGGAUGCAGUGUACAAGGGCAGCCCCUACUCCCAGAGACCCAAGGCUGGGGACAUGGACCUGGAGUGGCGUCAGGGCAGGAUGGCCAGAAUCAUCCUUCAGGAUGAGGAUGUCACAACAAAGAUCGACAAUGACUGGAAACACCUCAACACACUGGCCCACUAUCAGGUGACAGACGGCUCAGUGAUCGCUCUGGUGCCAAAGCAGAACUCAGCCUACAACAUAUCCAACUCCUCUACCUUCACCAAGUCUCUCAGCAGAUAUGAGAGCAUGUUGCGGACAGCCAGCAGUCCAGACAGUCUGCGCUCCCGCACCCCCAUGAUCACCCCUGACCUGGAGAGUGGCACCAAGCUGUGGCACCUGGUCAAGAACCACGACCACUCUGACCAGCGCGAGGGAGACCGGGGCAGCAAGAUGGUCUCUGAGAUCUAUCUGACCCGUCUGCUCGCCACUAAGGGUACCUUACAGAAGUUUGUGGACGACCUGUUUGAGACCAUCUUCAGCACGGCCCACCGCGGCAGCGCCCUGCCUCUCGCCAUCAAGUACAUGUUUGACUUCCUGGACGAGCAGGCCGACAAACACUCCAUAUCAGACUCAGACGUACGGCACACGUGGAAGAGCAACUGUCUGCCUCUGCGGUUCUGGGUGAACGUGAUCAAGAACCCCCAGUUUGUGUUUGACAUCCAUAAGAACAGCAUCACAGAUGCUUGUCUGUCUGUGGUGGCCCAGACCUUCAUGGACUCUUGCUCCACAUCAGAACACAAGCUGGGCAAAGAUUCGCCCUCCAACAAGCUGCUCUACGCCAAGGAUAUCCCCAACUACAAGAACUGGGUGGAGAGGUACUACUCCGACAUCUCCCGUAUGCCGGCCAUCAGUGACCAGGACAUGAGUGCCUACCUGGCUGAACAGUCCCGGCUGCACCUCAGCCAGUUCAACAGCAUGAGUGCCCUGCAUGAGAUCUACUCCUAUAUCAUCAAGUACAAAGAUGAGAUCCUGUCUUCGCUGCAGAAGGAUGAGCAGUCUCGCAGGCAGAGACUGCGCAGUAAGCUGGAGCAGGUCAUCGACACCAUGGCCCUGGCCAGCUGAGGAACGGCCCGCCACUGAGGGGCGGAGAGGGUAGCAGCCAGGCCUUCUCUCACUGACGCCAGCCCCUGACCCCCAACACAGCGCAUUAGGACUGCAAGGACACAAGCAGUACACUGGAGACACACCAGAGUUAGGCCUGGGCUCCGGCCCAUCCAAACAACCCUUCAUUUAUAAACACGUAACGUCUGUCGCCCCGAGAAAGUGUCUUAUCAUAACGGUCUUCAUCACUGGUUUCAGUUUUUCUUCCGUGUUGAUCCAUCUACCCACAGCCUAGACUGUGAAGCAGCUGGCUAAAGAGGGGGGGGGGCUAUGGAGAAAGGACAAUGGAAGCUUCUGACGUGUCAGCGACUUCAUCAACUUUCAUGGACGUCAUUUUGAUUUUCAGAUCCUUUUUUGUUGUUGUUGUGUGAUUUAGCUUUAGAUUUUGUGUUUUUAUCAACUACCUACUCUCUCCAGUGGUGUGUUUUUAUCAACUACCUACUCUCUCCAGUGGUGUGUUUUUAUCAACUACCUACUCUCUCCAGUGGUGUGUUUUUAUCAACUACCUACUCUCUCCAGUGGUGUGUUUUUAUCAACUACCUACUCUCUCCAGUGGUGUGUUUUUAUCAACUACCUACUCUCUCCAGUGGUGUGUUUUUAUCAACUACCUACUCUCUCCAGUGGUGUGUUUUUAUCAACUACCUACUCUCUCCAGUGGUGUGUUUUUAUCAACUACCUACUCUCUCCAGUGGUGUGUUUUUAUCAACUACCUACUCUCUCCAGUGGUGUGUUUUUAUCAACUACCUACUCUCUCCAGUGGUGUGUUUUUAUCAACUACCUACUCUCUCCAGUGGUGUGUUUUUAUCAACUACCUACUCUCUCCAGUGGUGUGUUUUUAUCAACUACCUACUCUCUCCAGUGGUGUGUUUUUAUCAACUACCUACUCUCUCCAGUGGUGUGCCACUUGUGUUACUGCUGAAUUUGCACAAUUUACAAAAAAGCUAAAUCAAAAGAAGAGGAUAUAUAAAUAUAUAUAGAUAUAUAAAUACAACUUCAUUUUUAAAGAAACAAAUGAAAAUAGUCAAAGUUUUCCAUUUUAAUGUACAGAAUACUUUGAAAGAAAAGGAUUUGAUAUUUCAAAGACUGAACUAUGAAAACAAGAGGAAACCUUGUCCUGUGCCAUGUUUUAUUUGAAUGUUGUUUAGUGCAAAGACGUUUUCUUUAGAUCAAAUGUGCUAUGAUUAAAAUGUUGUCAUGCCUCGUGACUGAACAGUAAAAAAAAGAAAAAAAGUUUAAUGACAAAAAAAAUAGAAGAAAAUCAACAAAUCGUAAAGUUUUGGGGCCUUUCCUGUCUUGGGAGAACAUAUGUUUUAAUAGUCCUGGAAAUACCGUAGCUGUUUGGUGUUCCGGUAUUUAACACAACCACAGUGCUAUUGUGGCUUUUAGAAAAACCAAAGGCUCGGUUUUGUAUACCACUCUGGUGAAAGAAAACAGCCUUCUGUGUUAGCCACCUGGAUGAGCAGCCAUCUUGGUUGCUCCCAUGACCAUGCACGCCUCUGUGGCUCACAGGCUCCAGACCACAGUGAAGUAGAUCGCUUUAGUUCUGGGACCUCAAUGUUUUUUGGAAGGCAAAUAUCAUGGCUUACAGUACAGUGAUGUUGUGGGCUUUGCUGUACAACAGAAGUCAGACACCACAGAAGGAUUCAUUGGACUUUAGCACCGCGCUAAAUGUAGCAAAGGUUUAAUUCACCCACUACCCUUUUAAAGGCUUCAUGAAGUUCCACCUGCUGUCUCUCCUCAGGUUCCUCAGAUACUGUAGAUCACUGUGUUAGAGUUACAGUCUUACAGACUGUCAUUGUGGACACUGAGGAAGAGGUUUGCAGACAAAGAUGAGAGAAGUUCAUAGGUAAAGCUUUGAGCGAAGGGUAAUCCCUCAUGAUUUGAACCCCACAUGAGAGCAAGUACUGUCACUCUAGUGACUUCAACAUUCAACAGUUCUAUUUUAGUGUAAUUAAAUAGAUGGUUUCUUUUUUAUUGUUGAUCUGUUGAAGUGGUGAAAGUUGUAUGAGUUUGUGUGUUUGUACUCUGCAGCAACCAAACAAUGGUUAGUGCUAGCAGAGUAGAUCUCCCAGGGUUUCCCUUAUGUUCCGUAACAGCAUCUGUGACGAGCGUCAUCCUACCGGAAAAGAGGAAGGUGCACAUUCAGUGUUGUCUUUUCUUUGUUUUUCAGUCUGCUGUGAAGAUGAAAAAAACAGUGAAAAAUAUGUUGAAAUGCAAACACCCGUGAUGUGUGACAAGAUGAUGAGAUGUAGCUCAGUCUUUGUGAGUGUUUUUAACUGGGCGAAGGUUUUUGUUUCCUCAGAAAUCUGAUACUUUUGUGAAAUGCAUUGUCUCCCUUUAACAUGUUACAGCGAUUCCCUUUCGGUCAUGUACAAAAACAAGAAGCUUCAUUCCUUUCCCUUGUCCUCUGAGAUGAGAGAUACAGUAUCGCUGGCUAGAAGAAAGACACAGAUACAUUUCUGAGAAACUUCUGAAAUAUUUAGGUCAGUUCUCCAGUGAGAGCCGUGUGGAUCACACAGACUACAGAUGUGAUAUGUAACCUUCCAUCCCAUCCAUCUAUCCGAGAUCAGGAUUCAACAAAUGUGGUGUGAUUUAAUGAAAAUGAAAAGUCUCUCCUAAAUGUAUUUACUUCAAAUGUUUUGUUUAAUGUGAUAUUCAAAUUCCUCUUAAUCAGUUGGGAGUAGGACUUCAUAACACAUCCUUUAUUUUUUUAGACAUUUACAUUUUCUGAAAAUAUAUGGAUAUUUAGUAUUCAUGUUUCACCUCAGUGUCCUGCAAGGCUGUUACUCUCAUCUUCCUCCUCUCUUGGUCAUCCUCCAAUACGGACAACCUCUCCUUUCCUUUCCAGCUCAGACCAGCUCAGGCCUGUCCUAGUGUUGGCAACUCAAUGAAGUUCAAUACCGCACCCUACAGCCAAUCCCUCCCUCCCCACCCGAUCAAACACAUAGGGCUGGAAUCGCUGUAAGUACUGUACUUGAUAUCGGAGAGCAGGGCAUACAGACUAGUUUAUGAAAUUCUUAACUUAAACAGAGUUAUAUGCUGGUUACUGUCUUUUUCCAAACCAGAGAAGGUAGUGGAGGAUCGGCAUUGACUUGACCACUUUUCUGUUCAUUCACCCUAUUUGGGAUGGUUUGAGAUAUUUUUAAACUGCUACUAUGUUCUUCUGUUAAGCAUCUUUUAUUCCCUGAUUGAGCACAUUUGUUUAGUGGAUGGAAAAUGUUGCUGUGUGCUGCCUCCCUCCCGCCAAACACACUAAGCUUUGAUGACUGUGAUUGUAAAACAGCUGGUUGCAUUUUAAAGUCUCAGGAUGGUUCUCCUGCUUUGAUGUC